AAUCGAGGGGAAAUCAGAAGUACCUUAACUGUGUCACAGGCUGAGACUGCGCGAGCCACUCAGUCAGUCUUCAGGCUUGGUACGGAGCGCCCGCGCACGACCCGACCUUAUAAAACCAGUUGCAACAUCGACACACCUUUCAUUCGGUUGACAACGAUCUUCGCGCGCGGUCGAUAACAUGGCGAGGGAAGACUUCAUCAAAUCCGUUCUUUACGUCCUUAACAUCAUUUACGCGGUAUUCGGUCUCGUGUCCGCCGCGACCGGAAUCUGGUUCUUUGUGCAUUUAUCAGAAUUUGUCGCAUUGAGGAACAGCAACCAUUAUUUACUAGACUAUAGAGUGUAUUGGCCUCAAGUGGCGCCAUGGCUGUUCAUCUUGCUCGGACUUUUCAUCAUGAUCGUGGCUUUCUGUGGUUAUUGCGGUGCUAAUAAGGAAAGCAGAGGAAUGUUGGGGAUGUAUGGGAUGUUCCUCAUCCUUAUUAUCCUUCUUCAGUUCAUCGCAGCGACUUUGAUCUUCGUGUUUGUCGAUGGUGAAGAUACAGACCGCUUCAUCAAGGAUACUGUGUACGAUGGAUACUACAACUCUCAGUCAAACCCUGAUGUGUUCAAAGCUUUUGGAAGGAUCGAAAGGAAACUCAAAUGCUGUGGUGCUAACGAUGCCAGAGAUUACAGAAGUUGGAGAAAUGACCUGCCUUUGACCUGCUGUUUGGACAGUUAUUACAGAGCUACCUGCGAAUUCACGGAUAAGGAAGCCAAUGAAAGAUUAGGUUGUGCUAAAGUGGCCUCAGUUUACACUAAGAUUAUCAGUUCUUCAGUGGCUGGUGCGUCCCUACUUAUAGCUAUUGUGGAAAUCACAGGAGUCGUGUUAGCAUGGAAGCUGUUCCAUUAUAUGCGUGAAGUGGAGCACUAUUUACCGAGCGAGAGGAAAGAAGGAGAAACGGAAUGCUAGGUCGUAAGUCAGUCAGUAUUAUUGAACCUCCGAAUGUCAAUCGAAUAGCGUCACAAUUCGAUUUUUUCCCGCCAUAUCACGACUCGAUACGAAUCGAUUGCAGUACGCUGUAACUUUUAUUUUCAUUUCAUGUUCUGUGUAGAUGUGGACAAUGCAUUUAGGGAUAAAGUUCGAUUCCUUGUUGAAAGGAAUGCAGAAAUCUUUAUUUGUUAGUUUAAGUCAUACAUUCCAUUGGAUACCAUCUGUAAUCUUUAGGACAGUCGAUUUCAUUGUCGUUUGACCGCGCCUUAGGUCAAAAUGUCACGCUCUGAAUGCAGCAUCAAUCAUUAUAUCCUCCUUAAGCAACUGAAUCAUAUGUACUUUUGACUCACGGUAUAAUGAAUCUCAAUUGUGCCUAAGAUCGUGGCUUUAGCGACCUCGCCCCCACCAAGUGUCUAGAGACACGCAUAGCGUAAUUUUAGUAACGUGUUACUUCGACUGCUGGUUUCGUAAGCGCGUAUAAGCCUUCUUAAGAGUACAUGGGCCGCCAUGGACGGUGAUAUUUGCCAAUAGUGGGUGGAAGGCCGUCCAUGAGAAAAAUUUGACCUCAAUUCGAUUGCGCUAUUUUGUUAGAGUAGUUCUAAUGCAUAAGCCGCCUGUUACUUGCGGUUAAGCAACGUUAUGUUUGAUAAUGUCAUGUUGGUGCGCUAUCUAUAUGAAUCUUGUUGUGUCUAUGGACCAUUGGUCGAAUAAGUAAAUUUUUACGUAAGUCUUUCUGGUUUUUAGGUUACAUCAUCUACCAUUUAGAAACUCAUAGAGGUGUUUAUAAUGUAUUCAUGAGUGCCAAUACGUUUUGUUUAUAUCCGUCUUAAUAAUGUGAUUGUAAAUUUUUAUUUGUAAACUUAUUUUUUAAGUGAAUUGUUUUGUGUAUUUUGAAUUUCCGUCCUUUAUACGAGAGCCAUACAGAUUUUUUUUUAUUGUUAUUUUUAGUGAAAAUAUUAUUAUAUGAAUUGUAACAGUGUGUUUACCACAUACCAAAGAAAAAUAUAGAGAUACAAAAUAUUCACGAAAACAUUAAAAAAAUAUAUUUUUUGCAUGCAAAAACAUAUAUACCCAUGUAAGAAUAAUCACAC